UCCGGAAGUGGCGGUGUGUGUUUGGAAUGGCGCCGCGGAUCUUCACGGACCUCGGUUAAUCUUGUCCGUUUUUGUUGUUGUUUCUGCGCGGCACCGAAGCUUCGUGGAGCCGUGAGGAGCUCGGGAGGUGCCGCAGGAGCCCGUGGACCCGGUGGACUCGGUGUGGACUCGGUGUAGGGGUGUUUCGGAGGUGUUUUGUGCAGGUUGUUGUUGUCGGUGUGAGGAGGUGUCAUGGCGGCGGCGUCAGCGGCUCUGGGGGGAGAUGUGGAGGAGGACGCGUCUCAGCUCAUGUUCCCCAAAGGUUUUACUCUUUUGGAGGGACGUUUCGAGGACGAGGAGCUGCAGCAGAUUCUGGACGACAUACAGACCAAGAGGAGCUUCCAGUACUAGACCAGGACCAGGACCAGGACCAGGACCGGCUCUGGACUGGGGUUCUAAAUCCAGACCAUCAUGAGGACUCAGGAGUGUUCCCAGUGAGUCCAGGAGCAGGACUCGACACAUUCUGGACUCUUUGUGUGUUACGUUUGUGUGAACUUUGACUUGAGUUUUUUUUAUUAAACCUUUUGUACAAA